GUGAAGAUGAUGACAUGGAGCCUCUUGAUCUUGGUAGUGGUAUGUUUAGAAGUCAACAGGAACAGACACAGGGACGGACUAGAUCCAUGGACAUGGACGAGCGGCGUGAAGAUGUUGGACGAGGUAAUCUUUUGACCAAGAGCAAGGCUGCCCCCUCACCAGUAUCAA